UACACGUUACACUUUCUGAUUACAUGAAGAUUCAUUGAUAAGCAACACUGAGGUCGAAGCUACGAAGAACUUGGUAAAUGAAGUAGGUCUACUGUUUUUUAAUGGCCUGAAAUCUUUCGUGACUAUACUCAACACUCCUGCCUUCCAAUCGGAGGAUCACAAUUUCCGUGACGUCUACCGGAAAAAGAAAGGACACAAACGCACCACGUAAAACAAAACAGAUGCCCCCACAAAUCAGCGACAGAGGACGGCAGCGAAGUUAGCCACCAGAGCGCCCAGGCUGAGCGGAGUCUACGGUUUAGUGAGAGGACUGAACAGAAGGUCACAAACAACGACGUACCUAGACGGCCCUAGUUAGUCAGCCCCAAGAUACACGUAGUCAUUCCGUCUGUCAAAAAGUUUAGAGGAAAAACAUCGUUUCUCAGACACACGGUACACCCGGCGGCAGACCUCAUCAUGGCCCAGGAGACCAAUCAGAGCCCGGUUCCUAUGCCCUGUGCUAAUGGGUGUGGUUUCUAUGGCAACCCUAGGACUAAUGGCAUGUGCUCUGUGUGCCAUAAGGAGCAGCUGUCAAGGCAGAACAAUGGAGGAGUCAAUACUUUGAGUGCUCUUGGCGGCAGCGGUGGCCCCACAGCCGAGGCUUCUGCCAUCCAGAGGUUAGAGGCCACCUUGAAUAACGCUGCAGCUGCUGCAGUCGCUGCUGCAGAGGAGGCAGCUGAGGCCUCUGCCUCUGCUGCAGCCACCGAGGCUUUCAGUGGGGUUUCAACUGCCAUGUCUGUAACGCAGCAGAUGACUGAGAUGAGUCUCUCCUGUGAGGAGAAAGGAGCAUCGGGGAGCAAAGUAGAGCUCACAGACCCAGUUUUGACUCAGCCCACAUCCUCCGCCUCUCAUCCCUCCGCUGAGCAGUCCAAAGCCCCAGAGCCCCAAAAACCCAAGAAGAAUCGCUGCUUUAUGUGCCGCAAAAAGGUCGGCCUUACAGGUUUCGACUGCCGCUGUGGGAAUCUGUUCUGUGGACUUCACCGUUACUCAGAUAAGCAUAACUGUCCGUAUGACUACAGAGCCGAAGCUGCUGACAGGAUUCGCAAAGAGAACCCCGUGGUUGUUGCUGACAAGAUCCAGAGAAUAUGAAAAGGACUCAGUUUGACUUUGAACACUGGGAUCUAUAGGCUUUAAAAAAAAAAAAGAAUGGACUUGAGCCCAGCCUUCUUCCUGAAGGACCUGUUUUUGUUCUUUUCCCCUCGUUUGUUUCACAUUCAAGACUUUUUCCCCAGUGCAUGAAAGUUCACAUAUAUUUUCAGCUUUCAUUGUUGUUUUAGUGCGUGUCUAACACUUUUGAAGGGUUGUAUAUGUGGAGAGGUGGGGGGGUCCAUAUCAUUGGAAGUGACUGCGAGAGGUUGCUGACGAAGGAGUCGUUGACCUUUUUAGAAGAUGGCUGUGCUGCCUGGAAAGAGCUCGGACACUUGGGCCCGUUUGGUCUCUGAAGACCUUUCCUGCUGUUCGCUGAUGGCGCCGUCUCAGCCGUGCUUGCUCUCUGCUGGCUUGAGUAGCAAAAUGGUUGUUUUUCGUUUUCAGUUUUUUGGCCUCCACUUCACUCUGUGGGGUCCGAGUUUAACCCUCCUUACCUGUCAGACUUUGCGUCCUGGUAAGUUAUCAGCCUCAAAUGCGUCUGUGUGCCCCGCCCCUCUCUCUAACACACAGCUCAGACAUGUUGCUGAAGAGACUUUGAAAAAGAAAAAAGACAGUUUGUUGCUCAUAUUCCUUCCCUCCCUCUGUGUGCGGCACUAGAAACACAACGUAGUUUAACAGUUUACUUCUUUUCUUCCCUCCUGUUGAUCGUGGGCUGAACGCUGUGACCCGCUCUGUGCCCCGGGAUCUGAUUUGCAGGCACGUCGACGUCCUGCUCUUUAGGUCUUUCAAACCGAUACUCGUUAAAAUGUUUGUUUCCCCCGAUUUCCAGACAAGUGGUGUAUGCCGUGUGUCGUUGUAUGACAAGUAGCCUGAACUUGUAUUAAUUUUUGCCUUCGAAAGGGUUUAGCUCCACUAAUAUUUCAUCUUUUACUUCACUAUUGAAUGUUUUCCUAAAUUUUUAAUGUGAGCUGACAAGAAGUUGGGAGGUGUUGGACUGUUGCAUACUGCGUAUCAAACACGCCUGUGUGUUUGUGGGAGUAAAUGUGGACGUCUGUUGUAUGAGACUGAGUGGUUGUGUGCCGCGGUGACUUAGGCCUGUGGUCGUAGGUUAUUAAUCAUUUUCCGUUUUUGAUUUAUUUUUCGUUUUGGUCUGGCUGCUUAACGUGUUUUUGUUUUUUACCCUUUUAGUUAUGCAAGUUUGUACAAACAUCUUUAUUUAUAUACUGCAGUGUGCGUAAUCUUCCAAUAAUAAAGAAAUAAUUGUAUGAUGUAAAUAAAUUAUGUUCACAAAUAUAAAA